AUGGUUUCGACAUCCUCUUGCACGACGGACGAGUCUUGCAUUGUCCUCAAGGAUGGAGGGGUUCGUGCGGAGGCGUUUGCCGUACUCUCGUCUAAGGGAUCAGUCCCUGUUUUGCCCCCUGACAACCCGUCCACGGUGUCGGCCGUUCUGGUUGCGCCUCAGUGGGUGGGUCUCUGCGGCGAGUUUUCGCUCGACGGGCGUCUGUCUUCGGGAGCUGCGUCAAGGCCGCUAUCCGCCGUCUGGAACGUUUCAACGACGAUUGCAAGCAACAGCGCUGCCGUAGCGGCUGUGGCAGGAGCUCUUCAACCGUUUCAGGGAUCCCUGUAUGCCACCCUGAACUCAACCUCGCUCGAGCCCCUGGUGGAAUUCAAAAUCUCGCUAAUAGUGGAGAACUUCCUGGGUGCUGUCGACGCGGCUGCAGUCACCGUCACCAGAGUCAACGAAGACGCUCCGUCGGUGGUAGUGGUGGGUCCAGCGACAAAGACGGCGAUAAGGAGUCGACCAACCUCUCUGAGGAUGGCUGCGACACCACCUGCCUGCGGAACGUCAACAUCGGGGGCGGUCGUGGAGAUUAUCGUGGGACAAGGCACUCUGAGGGCUGCUAUCAGUGGCGGUCAAUACCGGCAACACACCGUAGGUGCCGACCUCGUUCUGGACGGCAGCGAAUCACUUGACGAGGACGAUAUUCCGGAAGAGGAGUUUCCUCUCAGGUACUCCUGGUCUUGCUCCAAAAAUUGCUCUGGAGUGGCGGAUGGGUAUACUGGCUCGGACGAGGCAAUCUUCACGAUUCCGAGCGGGAGCUUGGAAGCAGGCUUGGUGUACGAGUUCUCCCUGAACAUUAGCAAGGGAACGGCAGAAUCUGAUGUGGUCUACGGCGUCUUUCGUUCAGACUCCGCGACCGUCCAAGUUCGAGUGAACGGUGACUUGGACCUCGCGACGGCGGAUUGGAGUGAUUUCUUCACCAGCACCCAGACUGGGGCCAUUCUUGUGGCCAGGCCGCACGUACUGACGGGUGGGUCGUCUUACACGUUCCGUCUUUCAGCGGUGGACACCGCUUCCGGAGAAACAGGCUUUGCGGAGAUGUAUUUCGAUGUGAACGCACCCCCGUCGGGUGGAUACGUCGAAGCGACCCCAAGGGCAGGGGUUGCAGCCAUCGACAUGUUUUCUCUGGAGGCUUUGCUAUGGGAAGAUGACAUCGGAGAUCUUCCGUUGAAAGUCUCCUUCUUCUACGUCGCGGGUCAGGACGAAACGGGAAGACAGCGCAGCUUGUCGCUGUAUGAGGUGGAGUCUGUCGAGUGGAACGGGCCCCUACCUGUAGGUUCGGCAGCUGACAACUACACGAUGACCAUCAUAGUGUCUGUUCGCAAGACACAAUCAAGUUCGGAGUGCCAUGACUCGUGUUUCCUGACGCAAACCCCUGGUCAGUCGCUGAUGGAUGAAUAUACGGCCGCGGCUAGCGUGACGGAAGACGUUCCAGGGGAAGCAACGUCAAUUGUCAGAGCGUUUGCCUCCCUGCUCAUGGUCGAGAUCAACAACAGUGCCGCGGCUUCACCUACUGAAGCACAAGACUUUCAGACCUUCGUGGCCACCAUGAUUGAUGCAACCGUGCACGAAUCCACUGUGUUGGACUACUCGACUACAACGGCGGGGGCUAUUCUAGACACAAUGGCCAUUCUGUCGAGCAGCGAAAAGGCAUUGAACACGGAUUCGCAGGCAGCCAUAUUGGCGUCUUCAGCCUCCAUUCUGGACACAGCAGUCGGGGAAGGCUACUGGAGCUCCGGCAUGUCCACCUCUUCUCUGCAGGUGUUGGACCAGGUGAUCGGGGCGUACGACACGUCUUUGGACACCAUCGUCGGAAGCGACCUAAUGGGCCAAGACGCCGCCAAUAAUUUGACGGCCAUCGUUCAGUCCAUGGGGCUCCUAAUGGAGGCCGGAAUGGAAGAUGGCGAAGAUGUGAUGACAAUCGAGAGUGACCACGUACAAGCUAGCUGCCUCAUCACUUCAAGGACGGGGAGCUUGAGUUUCGACGCUGGAACAUCAUCGGUGUCGUUCGAGAACGGCGUCAUUGGUUCUCCAUCGCCGCCAUCCACGAGGAGACGAAUGACUCCUGAAAUGGACGAGGGGUCGAAGUGCAAAGCAGGCGGAUGUGGUUCAUCGACAAAUCGCAGGCGAAGGCCAUCCUCUCGUCGCCUAAGUACUGUUUCCCCGGCAUCUACAUCAACCGUGCUCGUCACAAACCAGCUCUUCAAUGCUGUUAGCCGGCCGUCGGCCCUCGUCAACGGGGGGAUCACACAAAUCAGGGUUUCAAGUACCGAUGACGGAGAGGACAUCGCGUUGGCAGGCCCGGUGCAGCUGACAAUGAGGGCGUCAAUGACAUCGAGUGCUCUACUCCCGUCGUGUUCAUACUACAACGAGGAAACCGGCCUCUGGGAUUCAGAGGGUCUCGCUAUUGGCGCAGUUGCUGUCCCGAUCGACGCGGGCGACAGCGCACUGGAUGUCCUCGUGUCCUGCGUGACGUUUCACCUGUCGGACUUCGGUGUGGCAACCACAGAAAUCGAGACCGUCUUCCAACCGGUGACGUUGGGGGCAGGCCUCAGUGUCGUCAGUGGAAGGGACAUGACCGUGUGGGGACUUGUGCUGACGGUAGGCGCCUUGAUCCUUUUGGGCAUCGUCUGGAGCGUCUCCAGGAUAGCAGAUCAUCGUUCGAAAACGGCCGAAAAGCUUCAGACAAGGGCCUACGACCACUACAUCGAAACAGGACAUCCCCAGCGGCUACCGACUUUGGAAGAUAUCAAGGACUUGAAACAGACGCUAGAGAGGAAGCACAAGAGAAGACGGAAAAGACGGGAUGAGUCAUUUGCAGGAUACCUUCGACGGAAGUUGUUCCAACGGGCACAGGUAGGAACAGUGACCUGGAGCGAAAAAAGACUGCGUCACGAUCCGAGUGCGCCAUUAAGUACUUCUGCGUCCUCAUGGGACUAG